CCCUUCUUACUUUUUAUACCAAAAGCGAAAAACCAAAAGAGAAAAACAAACCUCAAAUAAUGGAAGGAGAUGAGAACGAUCAUACACCCUUUUGGCUACAAUCCUCAGAUAGUCGCCGGCAACGAGGGCUGAGCCGUUCAACUUCUUCAUCAUCUCUACUCUUCAACUGUGGUGCUUUUCUCAUAGUCUUGAUCGUUACAGCACUUGCAUUUAUCUUCUUUAUCAUUCCAUCGAUUCUUUCCUUCACUUCUCAAAUAUUCAAACCUCAGUCGGUAAAGAAGAGCUGGGAUGCUCUCAAUCUGAUUCUCGUUCUGUUCGCCAUUAUUUGUGGGUUUCUCAGUAGAAACAGUGGCGAGAACUCUAGCUCUAAUGAAGAUCGAGCUGUUUCUAAUUCUUCUUCUUCUCGAGAGAUUCAGAAGUCUAACCCAUCAACCCCACAUCGAUGGUACCAGUACUUAGAUCAGACAGAAUCAUACAACAAUGGAAUUACUAGACUCAGAAGUAGUAGCUCAUACCCGGAUCUACGUCAAGAAUCUUCCUGGGUGACCAGAGAUGAACGAUGGCAAUUCUACGAUGAUAGCCAUAUCUCAAAUUACCGCCCGUUCGGCUCCGAUGGGCUCCACCAACGUCGCCGGCCAUUGCAGGAAUCUGAAAAGGAAGAAAAAGAUCAAAACUUGGAGACCACGAAUAUAUACGUUGACACUUUUCAGGUACGAACAGAGGAAAAAUCUCAUACGCCAGAAGCACGCCCUCAGCCUUAUUCACCGCUUUCGCCCCCGCCACCUCCAUUUCCUCCUCCACCGCCGCCGUCUCAGCCCGCGGCUCCGGUGGUAAAGCGCAAAGCGAAGAGAAGCUAUCAAGCUAUUAGACAAAAAGACGAGACUGAAAGAAGCAACUUUUCUGAGGUAAAAAAUGUAGAUUCUCAACCACCACCACCACCAUUGCGUCCCCCUCCACCGCCGCCGCCUCUGCCACCACCGCCGACAGAGUACCAAGAAUCGGAACCCAAGAGCGGAAAAAGUGAGAAAAAGAUAAAUACGUCCACUAAGGAUUUCUUAAUCUCGCUUAGGCGAAAGAAGAAGAAGCAAAGACAAAAGAGCGUCGAAGACUUAGACUCCUAUAUUUUCUCUAUCGACCAUCCUUAUUCAUUGCCAUCUUCAUAUCCAUCCCCAUCGCCGCCGCCGCCGCCGCCACCACCUCCGCCUUCAGUUUUCUACAAUCUGUUUUCUUCAAAGAAAGGGAAAGCCAGAAAAGCUUACUCAAAGUCUCCACCGCCGCCGCCGCCUCCUCCGCCGCCUGUCACUUCUUCGACACUGAGGGUUUCAAAGAACGAAGCACUAAGCAAACCGAUUCCAGUGACUCACAAACCACCACUGUCGGCUACGGCGAGCAAUUUCGAUAUUGGGUUGAGAGAUAGCGCAACCACCGGAAGCGAGUCACCGCCGAUUUCGACCUUGAUCCCUCCUCCUCCGCCGCCGCCUCCGCCAUUCAAGAUUCAGGAUUGGAAAUUCGUGAGGCGCGGAGAUUUCGUGAGGAUAAAAAGUAGCGGGAGCUCACGGAGUGUGUCCCCGGAUUUGGCUGACAGCGAGGAUUCUUCUAGCGAAGGCAUGAGUCCAUGCGCGGUAGCGGAAGGUGGACAGCUGCCGGCGUCGUCGAUGUUUUGUCCGAGCCCGGAUGUUGAUACCAAAGCUGAUAACUUCAUCGCCAGGUUCAGGGCUGGUUUGAUCUUGGAGAAGGAGAACUCUUUCAGGCAGAGAGACAGGGCCAAAUCCAGGUUUGGGCCAGAAUCAGGAUCGGGCCAGAAAUUUUGAUUAGGCCCAAAAUCUCAAAGUUGAAGUCCUUUCGUUAUCUUUUGAAAAAAAAAAUACAUAUAUUUGAGAGUUAUUCUUACUCGGAAUGAAAGUUUUAUUGUAGAUAUACAAGUAUAGGGUUUUUUUAGCAGUUGGGAUAUACUUUUUUUUUUGGUUGACAUUUAUUGUAAUGAUUUGAUUCUUUUUGGGUUGAGAAAUGUUUUAAUUUGGUAUGUUUGGAGAGUGAAAUUGGGACUUUUGAUUAAUCAGU